AUGGCUCCAGAAACACCCAAGGGCGUCUCGUCAAGACUCUUGACGAUGAAGUUUAUGCAGCGUGCAGCCGCAUCAGCUUCGUCUAACGGAUCUCCGGGCUCAGAUGUUCCUUCGUCCAAGAAGCGAAAAUUAGAUUAUUCUCCAGCACCUGGCCGCAUUAAUCCUAACAUUGACCAUGCUUUGAUACAAGCAGCUCUCGAUGAUCAAGAAGCCACACGUCAAGCAGCGCUAGCAAAACAUUCUGCUGCUGACACUCAUUGGGUUUUGAAAGCUAAUAUUGACAAGUCCCAAGACAAGAAGCAGUCACAUCCUCUGAAUAUUGUGUACGUAGGAUAUGGCGACAUCGACGCGUCCAAGGAUUCUGAUGAAAAUGAGGACAAUCCUGCAGAGGGAAGAACAUAUCACAAACCUCUGAAAACAGAACAGUCAAACGAGCGUUGUAACUCCGACAAGUCUGGCGACGAGUCACGUCGAACCUCUGAUGACGAAAGCGACUCCAUUGGCCGAGAUCAUACGACUGGAUCGUCAGACGAAAAUAAGAGAAUGACAACCUCCCGAUCCCGAUCCCGGUCACAGUCGCGGUCACGACAUGGCCACCAAGCUUCCAAGGCGAAGGAAUUUCGCGAUAAGAGAAAAAAGAAGGAAGUUCGCUUAAAUAAGCUGACUUCCAUCUCUUCUGUUGGCAAUGGAAAUUUCAGUUCCCAAGGAUCCCCAAGCACAAAGGCAAUAAAGUGCUACAACUGCCAACAACUUGGUCACAGAGCUUCAGAGUGCUCUAAGCGAAGUACAAGGGGCUAA